AUGGACCUCGCGCCUUGGACAGCCGCGGAGGAGGGGACGGCGCGGGCUCGGCCUGGGGACCCCUCUGCAGACGACUGGCAGACCAUGCAAUGGGUGGCCACCAACAUCGGCGACGCCAACGCGACGCUGCAGGACGGCGCGCCGUACCUGCACAACUGGGCGCUCGCGGCGGGCGACCUUGCUGAGCAGGAGCGCAAAGCUGCCCGUGCCGGGGCGACAAAGGAGUGGCGGCAGUGGGCCUACGCACACAGCACAGGCGGCCCUCGACGCCCGCCACGCUGUGGCGACCCCCAGCUGGCGGCGGACAAGGUCAUGGAAAGCUGGGGGGUGGAUGUGUGGCGCAUGCCGGCAGGGCAGCAUGCCCCGUGGCAGGAGCGCCCGCCGCCAGAAGAGCCGAAGCUGGCACCGCUGGUCCCCGCGGAGGUCCACCAGCACUGCAUGGGCCUCAAGGAGCAGGCGGGAGGCGCCGAGGGCAUCGAGCGCAUCUUCAGCGUGUUCGACGCGGUGGAGGACGGGGAGCCCUGGCCAUCAAGCCAGUCGGACAUCCUCUUCUACCACACGCCGAAGGCGGAGGGUGGGGGUAUGCGAUGCCUUGGCAUACUGCCCGAGGUGGUCAGGCGAUGGGAGAAGUGCAGGCGCCCCAUCAUCGCGAAGUGGGAGGCCUGCCACAGGAGAGACUACGACUGGUCGAGAGCUGGGCGUAGCAGCGAACGCAGCGCCCGGAUGCAGCAGCUGUUCCGCGAGGCCGCCGUGGUCGACAAUGAGAGCCGUGUGAUCACCCUGCUCGACCUCGUCACGUGCUUCGAGUACGUUGGCCACUGGAAGGUUUGGGAGCCGGGGCUACACUGGGGAUUCCCCAAGCGCCUGCUGCGCGUCGUCCUCCGCAUAUAUGCGAUGACCAGGCGUGUGGUACUGGAAGGAGCUGGAUACCAUCCAAUGGACAACCGCCUCGCUGAGAUGUGCCUGUUCUUCGGCGACCUGUCGAUAGCGCACAUGAGUGAGCGGACCUGGGUGGCAGCGGGACAUGCGAGGAUGGUUCGCCUCGUUAUCGACCGCCUGGAGAACGAACUCGAGAUGCCAGCAUCCCUGGGCGAGAAGGGCAAGACAGCGCUGCUGGCCUCAUCCACGGCGCUGUCCAAGGAUCUGGAACCCAUGACCCGGAAGAUCGGGAUCAAGACUGUGAGCCAAGCCAAGCAUCUCGAUGUCACAGUCUAUGCAG